GUUUGUUUACCUACUCACAUGUUUCCGAUGUUUCCUGGUGUGCUUAAAAAUGCAAUCAGAUACAGAUGAAUAUUUUAGAAAAGCUUUGAUUGAAGGUUAUAGAGCAAGAAGUGCGUACAAACUUCUACAAAUCGACAAAUCCUUCGACUUGCUUAAAGAUGCAAAAAAUGUAAUAGAUUUGUGUUCAGCACCAGGAAGUUGGUCUCAGGUAAUAUCAAAUAAACUUCACAACAUCCGAAGUAUUACCUCAAAAGACAAAAUUCAACUUGAACCUAAUAUAAAAAUUGCCAGUGUUGAUUUAGCACCAAUAAAACCAAUUCCAGGAGUAACAUCCCUUGUGGGAGACAUUACUGAUGUUAAAACAUGUGAGAAAUUAUCGGAAAUAUUUGGGAAUGAAAAAGUUGAUGUUAUUGUUUGUGAUGGUGCUCAUGAUGUGUCUGGAUUAGUAGAAGCAGAUUUUCAAUUACAUCUUGGUUUAAUCACAGCUUGUAUAUACAUUAUUUUACACACAUUAAAAACAAAUGGGUCUUUUGUAGCCAAAAUCUUUGAUACUUGGGGUUGUCAAAUAUUUUUAAGUCAAUUUAGGGUGCUUUUUAAAGAGGUUUAUGUUGUUAAACCCCAUAGUUCAAGAUCAGAAAGUUAUGAAUGUUUUGUUGUUUGUAAACAAUACACAUCAAUUAAGGACUUUAAUCCAUCACAGUUAACACCAUACCUAGAUGGUUCAUACAGGGAUUUUUCAAAUUUAACUGGAAUAGAUAAAUAUUAUAUUCCAUUUUUUGUUUUGGGACAUGUGGAUAUCAAAAAGUCUGAAUUUGAUGAAUUGUAUAAAACAUAUGGAAGUGAUUUAUAUGAAAAGCAUGAUUUACUUGAGGAAGCCUUUCGUGAAGAUGACUUGGCUGGUUUUAAUGUUGAUGGAAAUAAUGAAAAUUGGGAUGAUCAUCAAAAAUUUUUUAAAAAUAAUUUAUUAAAUAGGAGCAAUGUAAACUUUGGGGUAUCUAGGAGGUUAUUUAUUACUUAUUUAAAGGAGGAUUGCACAAUUGAUUUUUAUCAAUCAAUAAGUUUUGGUGAAAAAUCUUUUAUAGAUAUAGACAAUGUUGAAAAACAACAAUCAAGUUUAAAAGGAUCAAAACAAACUAAAGAUGAAGUUAAAAAAGGUAUUACAUUGAAUACAUCUAAUUUAAAAUUUGAAAAACCGAUUUUGAAACAAGAAUCUGCCAUUAAAAGAGAAGAUAAAACAAGUAAUGUGGAGUCUGAACACAAUGAAUUGAUAGUCAAAAUGUUUAAUGAUCUCAUUUUAAAAGAUGAUGCAAAUGUUGAGAAAAUAAAAACUGGUAUUUCUAAUUUAGAAGCAAUCAUCAACACAAAUGAUGAAGAAGAAUCUAAAUCAAAAAGUGUAAAAGAAGAAAAUGUGGAAUUAGAACAAGAAAAUGUAUGUGAAAAAAAAUGUAAUUUAGACACUGACGAGAUAAACUUAGAAAAAGAUGCAAUAAAUUUGGAAAAACUAAUAUUAAAUUGUCCUGAAAAAUCAGAAAUUGAUAAAGAAAAAUACUUAUUAGAAGUAAUUAAAGAUCAUGAAUUUGUGACUAAAUUAUUUGAUGAAUUUGCUGAAAACAAUGAUAUAAAUGAAACAUUAAGUAGCGACAAUAAUGGUAACCAUCAUCCUUGGUUUAGCAAGAGAAAUCUUGAAGAUGAUAAAGAUUUAUUUGAAGAUUUUAAGUUAGAAACGAUCACAGAGAAUGCUGAUGAAGAAAUUAUGAAAGCAAUUAGAGAAACUAAUGAUGUCCUUCCUAAAGGACAUGAAUUAACAGAUAAAGUAUUAUUAUUGGUUAACCCAAAUGAGGAAGUGUUAAAAUUAGUUGAGAAAAGAAAAAACCUUCUUGAAGAAAUUCAAAAAUAUGUUAACUAAAUAUGUUAAUUCGACUGUUAAUUAUCUUAAUACACAACAUUCAUACAUUUAUGUCA